AUAACAAUAUCAGGCUAAAAUAUCCUCAACCCAACAUAAAACAGCACAUGUGUUAAAAGCACGUAUUAUUUACACUUCGUGGUUAGAAAUAAACAUGGGUAAAAGGAAGCAUAAAAAAGGACGAGCCGCUCGCAAUGCAAAAAAUAAAUGUGAUGUCGAACCUGAAGAAUUGGUGAAAGCUCCACAUUCUUUUGUCAUAAACAGAAGUAGACUGGGAAAGAAUGCCACUGAGUUGAUGCUUAAUUUUCGAAAAAUAAUGGAGCCAUUUACAGCAUCACAUCUAAAAGUUCAAAAACAAAAUGUAUUGAAGGAUUUUGUUCAUAUGGCUGGUCCUUUGAAUGUAACUCAUCUUGUUAUGUUCUCAAAAUCCAAGAAAGCAAUGUUUCUUCGCAUUGGCAAAUUACCUCAUGGACCUACACUUACUUUUCAAAUAAAAGCAUAUUCUCUUAUUAGAGAUGUUAUCUCUUCACAAAAGAAAUCUAUAAUAUAUGAAAAGCUGUUUGCACAUCAUCCAUUAUUAGUGCUGAACAAUUUCAGUGGUGAAGGAAUGCACUUUAAGCUGAUGACCACAAUGUUCCAGAAUAUGUUUCCAUCUAUCAAUGUGAAUAAGGCUAAUCUCAAUGCAAUUAGAAGAUGUUUGCUUUUACAUUAUAAUGCUGAUGAUAUUGUUGAUCUUAGGCAGUAUGCCAUAAAAGUGGUUCCAACUGGAGUCAGCAAGGCUGUUAAAAAGUUGAUCCAGAGUAAAGUCCCAGAUCUUAGUCAUUAUCAAGAUAUUACAGAAUUUGUACAAAAGUCUGGAAAUCUUUCAGAAAGUGAAGCAGAGUUAGACAAUGCUGUAAAUACAGUGACUCUUCCACAGCCAAUCUCCUCAAGAGGUAAUAUCGCAUCUGAGAAAAGUGCUAUUAGACUUUAUGAAAUAGGCCCCAGAAUACAAUUACAAUUGGUAAAGAUUGAAGAAGGGCUAAUGACAGGUGAAGUCAUGUACCAUAAAUUCAUAACUAAAAGUCGAGAAGAAAUUGAAGCUCUAAAGGCUAGAAUAUUAGAAAAGAAGGCUUUAAAAAUUCAUCGACGAGAGCAACAGAAGAAAAACGUUGAAAGGAAAAUGAAGGGGGAAAAGAAAGAUACAGAAGUAAGUGAUGAUGAAUUAGAAGAUGAUUUGAAUUGGUACAGAAAGGAAGUUGGUGAAGAUCCUGAUGAAAAUGUUUUACCUAGUAUGAAAAAGAGGAAAGCUGUAUUUGAUAAGGGGAAAACAGCCAAAAAGGUGAAAUUUUCAAAUGAAACCAUUGAAAAAGAAAAACAGAAAGGAGAUAAACAGAGUGAAAAACCUAAAACUUUCCAGGAGUUUUUAAAGAGACGAAAAAAGAAAAAAGAAGCUAAAAUUCUCAAACAAAAAGCAAAAAGAACUUCUCAUGCAGUCUUGGCUAUGAGAGCCAAACACAAAGUGGUUAACAAAAAGAAGAAAGUGUAAAUAUAUGUGAAUAAAAAACUUUUUAUAUGGUU